AGAGGAGAGAGGUUGGUCCCUCUCACUGAUCGGAGCUUUUGGCCAUUUUAUCUGGGUCCCUCAGCCCCUGGGUGACUGUGGUUUGGUGUGGAGAUCUAGGCAAAGCAGCGGGACUUGCGGGCUAUCAUGGCGACCAGCGGGGACCCAGAGGAGGAGCAGGUAGUCCCAAGUGAAGAGGAUGAAGGCAAUGUGCGGGCCGUGCAGGCCCAGUACCUCCGGAGCCCCUCCCCCAGCCAGUACUCAAUGGUCUCAGAUGCAGAAACAGAAAGCAUUUUCAUGGAGCCCAUUCACCUCUCCUCGGCUGUUGCGGCUAAACAGAUCAUCAGUGAAGAAUUCAAGCCGAGGGGGAUCAGAGCCGAGGCAGAGUGUCCGGGCAUGCUGGAGUCGGCUGAGCAGCUGCUGGUGGAGGACCUGUAUAACCGCGUUAGGGAGAAGAUGGAUGACACCAGCCUCUACAACACCCCCUGCGUCCUGGAUUUACAGCGGGCCUUGGCCCAAGACCGCCAGGAGACCCCCUGGAAUGAGGUGGAUGAGGUCUGGCCCAACAUCUUCAUAGCAGAGAAGAGUGUAGCUGUGAACAAGGGGAGACUGAAGAGGCUGGGAAUUACUCAUAUCCUCAAUGCUGCUCAUGGCACCGGCGUCUACACUGGGCCCGAAUUCUACACUGGCCUGGAGAUUCAGUACCUGGGCGUGGAGGUGGAUGACUUUCCCGAGGUGGACAUCUCCCAGCAUUUCCGGAAGGCUGCUGAGUUCCUGGAUGAAGCCCUGCUGACCUACAGAGGGAAAGUCCUGGUCAGUAGCGAAAUGGGCAUCAGCCGGUCAGCAGUGCUGGUGGUGGCCUACCUGAUGACCUUCCACAACAUGACCGUCCUGGAGGCCUUGAUGACUGUGCGCCGGAAGCGGGCCAUCUAUCCCAACGACGGCUUCCUGAAGCAGCUCCGGGAGCUCAAUGAAAAGCUAAUGGAGGAGAGAGAAGAAGACUACAGCCAGGAAGGGGGGACAGAUGAGGCCGAGGAGGGUGAGGACACAGGGAGCAGCAGCAGGGCCAGAGUGCACGCCCUCACGGUGGAGGAGGAGGAUGACACCACCAGCCACCUGAGUGGCUCCUCCUUGGGGAAGGCCAGCCGCGCCUCCAAGCCCUUCACCCUCAUUGAUGAAGAUGAGGAGGAGAAGCUGUAUGAGGAGUGGAAGAGGGGGCAGGGCCUCCCCACGGGCCAGGCCCCCCAGGGCGGAAAUGGUGGGCGCUCAGCCUCUGGCCAGGGUGGGGAGGAGCCCGAAGAUGAGGAUGUGGGAAGGAUGAUCCAGGAGUGGCAGAGCCGAAAUGAGAGGUACCAGGCAGAAGGGCACCAGAGGUGGGGGAGAGAGGAGGAAGAGGUGGAGGAGAGCGACACCGGCUCCUUUGUGAGGAGAAGACGAAGUCGCACCCUGAGCGAGAGCAGCGCUUCCGAAAGCGUAAGCAGCCAUGACAUUUGGGUCCUGAAGCAGCACCUGCAGACGAGCGGCAGGAACCAAGGUGGGAGGUGCCGCUCUGACUCUGUGUCCACUGAGAGCACCUGGGACAUGUGGAACCAGAGGCUGCUGGAGAUUGAGAAGGGAGCUGCCCGGGAGUACCACUCCAGGAGCAAGCGCCAGGAGGCAGACACAGGCUCCGAGGCGGGGGCCGGGGUGCGAGAGGACGACGCGGAGAGUGUGUCCUCGGAGGCCAGCUCGUUCUACAACUUCUGCAGCAGGAACAAGGACAAGCUCACUGCCCUGGAAAGGUGGAAGAUCAAGAGAAUCCAAUUUGGAUUUCACAAGAAAGAGCUGGGGGCAGGAGACAGCAGCAGUGAGCCGGGGCCAGAGGAGGCAGAGGGCGAGAAGUGUCUCUCCGACGUCAACCUGACGGCCUACCAGGCCUGGAAGCUGAAACACCAGAAGAAGAUAGGCAGUGAGAACAAGGAGGAGGUAGUGGAGCUCAGCAAGGGCGAGGAUUCCGCCUCGGCCAAGAAGAGGCAGCGGAGGCUGGAGCUGCUGGAGAGAAGCAGGCAGACGCUGGAGGAGAGCCAGUCCAUGGGAAGCUGGGAGGCAGACAGCUCGGCCGCCAGCAGGAGCAUCCCCCUGUCUGCCUUCUGGUCUGCAGCCCUGUCGGUCAGUGCUGACGAGGACGCCGCGUCGGUCCUCAGCACCCAGAGCCACAACUCCCGCCCCUCUCAGGCUGGAAGCAACAGAGGGGGACGCCCGGCCUCUGUCCUCAGCACAGCUCUGCCCAACCUGUCCGCGGGGCCCGGAGACACCAUUUCCAUUGCCAGCAUUCAGAACUGGAUUGCCAACGUGGUCAGCGAGACUCUCGCCCAGAAGCAAAAUGAAAUGCUGCUGCUGUCCCGCUCACCAUCCGUGGCAAGCAUGAAGGCGGCGCCCGUGGCCAGCUGCCUGGGGGACGACCAGGUGUCCCCGCUCAGCGGACACAGCAGCUCCUCCCUGGGCACCUGCCUGCUGCCUCAGAGCCAGCCAGGACCCAGCUCCGACUCGCAGUCGCUGCUGUCCUCCCACACUGCACCGGGCUUGAGGGCCGAAGGUCUUGGGAGCAAAGUCAGGGGGACCAGCAAGCCUGUCUACAGCCUCUUUGCUGACAACGUCGACCUCAAGGAGCUUGGCCGGAAGGAGAAGGAGAUGCAAAUGGAGCUGAGGGAGAAGAUGUCUGAGUACAAGCUGGAGAAGCUAGCCGCCAACAACAAACGGAGCUCCCUUUUCAAGAAGAAGAAGGUCAAGGAACAGGAGGACGAUGAUGAGGGCGACAGGGACGAGGACACUGACAGUGCCAUAGGGAGCUUCCGGUAUUCUUCUCGCAGCAAUUCCCAGAAACCCGAGACAGACACCUCCUCCUUCCUGGCUACCAAACCCAUGGUGACAGGUUGCACUCCAGCCUUCCAGUCUCUGAAUGACAGCAAAACGUAUGUGUUGUCUGUAAAGGUCCCAGUAGGUGGCACACCCCUAUUGGAAACUGAUGAGAGUUUAAUGCAGGAACUAUGCACAGAGGCAUAG